GCCAUUGUGGGAUGAUUCACAUUUAAGUAUGCAAGUAUCUCUUCCGGGUCAAGGAGAGUGAUUUAAGGGCUGCAUUUUCCUCUUUCACUUCUUCCUGCAGCGAUCCCGGUUAAUGAAGAAUAGACUUAACUCGUCCUGGACAUAUUUUCACAAGGAAACACGAUGUCUUUGUGGUGCUUGCUGGUGCUUCUGGCUCUCCCAGACCCCACUGUGAGCACCAACCCUGGAGUCAAGGUCCAAAUUACCCAGCAAGGUUUGGACUAUGGCCGACAAAUUGGAAUCGCGUAUCUGCAGGAGAAGCUGAAGUCUGUCAAUAUCCCUGAUAUCUCUGGAUCAGAGAAGGUUUCUCCCAUUGGCAAAGUCGAGUACAGACUUUCAGGUAUGAGAAUCACAAACUUGGGCCUGCCGCAGUCCUCUCUGGGCCUCGUCCCUGGCACUGGCAUCAGUCUGUCCAUUGGCAAUGCCUUCAUCAAUCUGCACGGAGACUGGCAUGUGAAAUACCUCAAAAUCAUAAAAGACAGUGGUUCCUUUGAUUUGGCUGUAAGUGGUCUGACCAUCAAGGCCACCAUCGGUGUGGGCAGCGACGAAACGGGACGACCCACCGUAAGCAGCAAUGACUGCACUGCCAGUGUGGGUGGAGUCAGUGUCACGUUUCAUGGAGGGGGCAGUUGGUUGUACAACCUUUUUACAAGCUUCAUUGAAAAACAGUUGCGCAAAUCUUUGGAGCAACAGAUCUGUCCUUUGGUGCAUGAUGGUAUAUCUGAUCUAAACCCCCACCUGAAAACUCUGAAUGUGCUAGCUACAGUGGAUAAGUAUGCCGAGAUUGAGUACUCCAUGGUUACUCCUCCCUCCAUUUCAAACUUCCUCAUUGAGUUAAGCUUAAAGGGUGAGUUUUACAACAUCGGCCAACACCAGGACCCUCCCUUCUCUGCGCCACCUUUCUCCCUGCCCCCUCAGAACAGCAGCAUGCUGUACAUCGGCCUGUCCUCCUUCACGGCCAAUUCAGCAGGCUUUGUCUACAACCGAGCCGGAGCUCUCAGCCUGUACAUCACCGACGACAUGGUGCCCUCAAGCUCUCCCAUACGGUUGAACACCAAAACAUUUGGAGCUUUCGUUCCAGAGAUCUCCAAACGCUUUCCUGACAUGAUGAUGAAGCUCCUGGUGAAGACAUCUACACAGCCCAACGUGACCUUUGAGCCCAAUAACGUGAUUCUGCAGCUCACGGGAACUCUCACGGCCUACGCCGUCCUGCCCAACACCACACUGGAGCCUCUCUUCAUUUCUAAAGUGGAAGCCAGUUUCAGUGGCAAUUUCUGGAUAAGUGGACAGAAACUGGCUGGAUCACUACAACGGUACAGAAUUGACAGCACAGUGGAAGCUUCAUAUGUGGGAGAAUUUCAGGGCUGCCAUACUAUUUUCUCAGAUGGCUGGACUACGACUUUCAAAUCAGGACAAUUAUGUGGACAGAUGCCAUUGGAUAUGUAUACAACUCUCAAUGACAUCUUCAAGUUGGUUAUGAAACUGUUUGUAAUACCAAAAGUUAACGGAUACCUUCAGCAGGGUUUUCCUCUUCCCGGCAUCGGUAGAAUGAACCUCAUCAACAGCAAGCUGCAAGUCCAGAAGGACUACAUGCUGAUUGGAACAGAUGUUCACUUCACACAGUGAUGUCCUUGUACUCAAGCUCCGGGACUGGGUGUAUAAUCUUUUUUCUUACUGCUGACAACAGAAACACUUCUAUAUCAAUGUAUAAAUGUUGUUUAAAUUUUUUACAUUAGACGUUUGUAAGAGAGUAUUGUAAGAGGAGAAUUUUUAAGUUUUUUCUUUUUUUACUUUAUCCCAAUGAUUUCUUAUUAAUCUUGAAUAUUGCAAUUCUCAUGUGUCUUGUUUUUCUCCAUACUGCAUCUAAAUGCAUUUAUAUAUUUUCAAAAUAGAGUAAAUAACAUUUAGUACUUCCUUAUGCCUAGCUGCAAUAAAUGUCGUUUUGAUCUUCUAAAAAAACACAUGCAAUAAAUAUACAAUACAAAUGGAAUAUAGAUAGAUUACAAACAAAAUUUCAAAAAUUGCUAAAUUUAACAAAAUUGCUAAAAUUUCUGAAGUCCUUUUUUGAUUUUGUUAUUACGUAUUGAGUAUACAUUAAUGACAUAAAAAAUUAAACAACUUUAGCAUAAAGAUGAAUAGUGUACAUCCUGAAUAGUGUAUAUCAUGACGCUUGUGUACAGCCCCAAUACUAAAAAUGCUAGACUGACCUGCAUGCAUUUGAGACUUGUCACCCAAUGAAAACGUUUGGCACAUCAUGAAACAAAAAAUACGACAAAGGGGACCCCGAACUCUUGAGCAGUUGAAAUCCUGUAUUGGGUCAGAAUGACCCACCAGUUCACUUUCAAAACUCCAGCAGCUGGUCUCAGUUCCCAAACAUUUACAAGUGCUGUUAAAAGAAGUGUUGAUGCAGCACAGCAGUAAACACGCAGCACAGGGGUAAACACGCAGCACAGGGGUAAACACGCCACACAGAGGUAAACACGCAGCACAGGGGUAAGCACGCCACAGAGCGGUAAACACGCAGCACAGGGGUAAACAUGCAACAUAGGGGUAAACACGCAGCACAGGGGUAAACACGCAGCACAGCGGUAAACACGCAGCACAGCGGUAAACACGCCACAGAGUGGUAAAACACGCAGCACAGGGGUAAACACGCAGCACAGCGGUAAACACGCAGCACAGCGGUAAACACGCCACAGAGUGGUAAACACGCAGCACAGGGGUAAACACGCAACAUAGGGGUAAACACGCAGCACAGGAGUAAACACGCAGCACAGCGGUAAACACGCCGCACAGCAGUAAACUUGCAGCACAGCGGUAAACACACAGCACAGCGGUAAACUUGCAGCACAGCGGUAAACACGCAGCACAGGGGUAAACUUGCAGCACAGCGGUAAACUUGCAGCACAGCGGUAAACACGCAGCACAGUGGUGAACACGCCGCACAGCGGUAAACACGCAGCACAGCGGUAAACACGCAGCACAGCGGUAAACUUGCAGCACAGCGGUAAACACGCCGCACAGCGGUAAACACGCCCAUCUCCACUUUUUUGAAACAUGUUGCUGGCAUCAUAUUCAAAUAUGUCAUAAAACUAAAUUUCUCAGUUUCAGCAUCUGAUAUGUUGUCUCUGUUUUGCUUAUAAUUAAUUAUUGGUUUACAUGAUUUGCAAA